CGGAAGUGCCCGGGGCGACUGUGGCGGAGACCGGCCGGGCCAUGGGCGCCGGGGGCAGAAGCGGCGGCGGCCGCGGAGGCGGCAGAGGCUGCCCGGGCGGCGGCGGGGGCUGGCGGCGCGGGACGCGGGCCGGGUAGCGCGGGGCCGAGCGCGGAGCCAUGGGCCGGGCUGGCACCGGGACCGGGGGCGAGGCGGUGGCCGCGGUGGUGGCGGGGCCGCUGCUGCUGCUGCUGCUCGCCCGGCCCCCGCCUGCCUCCGCCCGCGACAGCGGGAAGAGCGAGGUGGGGCUGGUGUCCGAGCACUUCUCGCAGGCUCCACAGAAGCUGUCCUUCUACAGCUGGUACGGCAGUGCCAGGCUCUUCCGCUUCCGCGUGCCCCCAGACACUGUGCUUCUGCGCUGGCUGCUGCAGGUCUCCCGGGAGGGCGGCACCGCCUGCACCGACGCAGAGAUCACCGUGCACUUCCGUUCUGGCGCUCCUCCGGUCAUCAACCCACUGGGCACCAGCUUCCCAGACGACACCUGGGUGCGGCCCUCCUUCCAGGUCAGGGUGCCGCUGAGCGCUGCACUGCUAAGCAAUGCCUCUGUCAACGUUUCCCACCCAGCCCCCGGGGACUGGUUCGUGGCCGCCCACCUGCCCCCCUCAUCCCAGAAGAUCGAGUUGAAGGGCUUGGCUCCCACCUGUGCCUACGUCUUCCAGCCUGACCUGCUGGUCACACGGGUGGUCAAGAUUUCAAUCAUGGAGCCGGAUGUGCCCCUUCCACACACUCUCCUCUCCCACCCCAGCUACCUCAAGGUCUUUGUCCCCGAUUACACGCGGGAGCUUCUGCUGGAGCUGCGGGACUGCGUGUCCAGCGGGAGCCUGGGUUGCCCUGUGCGUCUCACCGUGGGCCCCGUCACCCUGCCUAGCAACUUCCAGAAGGUGCUCACCUGCACCAGUGCCCCCUGGCCCUGUCGCCUGCUGCUGCCCUCACCGCCCUGGGACCGGUGGCUACAAGUGACAGCUGAGAGCCUGGUGGGGUCCCUCGGGACAGUGACUUUCAGUGCUGUAGCUGCCCUCACAGCUUGCAGGCCACAGAGUGUAACCGUCCGGCCCCUUCUGCAGAGCAGCCAAAACCAGAGCUUCAAUGCCUCCACUGGUCUGCCCUCCCUGAGCCCCGACCACCAGGAUCUGGGCAGGAGUGGCAGGGUGGACCGCGGUCCCUUCUGCCUCACAAACUACCCAGUCAUGCGGGAGGACAUGGACGUGGUGUCCGUGCACUUCCAGCUCCUGGACAGGGUCUCGGUGAGGGUGUGUCCGAACACACCGUCCAUGAUGCGACUGCGCCUGAACACCGGGAUGGACAGCGGGGGCUCCCUCACCAUCUCCCUGCGGGCCAACAAGACAGAGAUGCGGAAUGAGACCGUCAUAGUGGCCUGUGUGAACGCUGCCUCGCCCUUCCUUGGCUUCAACAGUUCACUCAACUGCACCACAGCCUUCUUCCAGGGCUACCCCUUGUCUCUGAGCGCCUGGUCUCGCAGGGCCAACCUCAUCAUCCCCUACCCCGAGACAGACAACUGGUACCUCUCUCUGCAGCUCAUGUGCGCUGAGAACGCUGAGGAGUGUGAGCAGGCUGUGGUCCAUGUGGAGGCCACCUUGUACCUGGUGCCCUGUUCGAACGAUUGUGGACCCUACGGCCAGUGCCUCCUGCUCCGCAGACACAGCUACCUGUAUGCCGGCUGCAGCUGCAAGGCAGGCUGGCGUGGGUGGAGCUGCACAGACAACAGCACAGCCCAGACAGUGGCCCAGCAGAGGGCAGCCGCACUGCUGCUCACGCUCAGCAACCUCAUGUUCCUGGCCCCCAUCACCGUCUCAGUGCAGCGAUUCUUCCUGGUCGAGGCCUCCGUCUACGCCUACACCAUGUUCUUCUCCACGUUCUACCACGCCUGCGACCAGCCCGGGGAGGCGGUGCUGUGUAUCCUCAACUACGACACGCUGCAGUACUGCGACUUCCUGGGCUCCGGGGCGGCCAUCUGGGUCACCAUCCUGUGCAUGGCGCGGCUCAAGGCAGUUCUGAAAUACGUGCUGUUUCUUCUGGGCACACUGGUUAUCGCCAUGUCCUUGCAGCUGGACCGAAGGGGCAUCUGGAACAUGCUGGGGCCCUGCCUCUUUGCCUUCGUGAUCAUGGCCUCCAUGUGGACUUACCGCUGCGGGCACCGGCGCCAGUGCUACCCCACCUCGUGGCAGCGCUGGAUCUUCUACCUCCUGCCUGGCAUCUCCAUGGCCUCCGUGGGCGUUGCCAUCUAUACCUCCAUGAUGACCAGCGACAACUACUACUAUACCCACAGCAUCUGGCACGUACUGCUGGCCGGGAGCGCAGCCUUGCUGCUGCCGCCACCUGACGAGCACUCCGAGCCCUGGACCUGCUCGCAGAAAUUCCCCUGCCACUAUCAGAUCUGCAAGAACGAUCGGGAGGAACUGUACACGGUGACGUGACACCAGCCUGGGGACAGCUGCUGCUCUGAUGACCUCUUCAGCCAGGAGCUGCAUCGAGGGGGAGGCACCUGGUUCAGGCCCGGACAGAUUGAUUUCCAGCUGAAUAAAAUUGGCCUGGGUACCUCUCACUUCCUCCUCCUGAGGAGAGGGCCACCCCUCCCUCACACGCACCUCUCCCCGCCGCACCUCUCCCCGCCGGCUGCCUGCUGGCUGCUGAGGUCCCUCUGCAGAUCCCAGCUGCUGUCUGCAGUGGCCCCUGGGGCCUGGGCUUGGUUACCUGGAGACCACAGGUGCCUGUGCGAGGAGGGGGCUGUGUGCUCUGCUGGCCUGCGGGUGGCUAGAGAUGGGGUGAAGGACUCCCUAUGGUCCUGUUCCCUGGUGAGGCUGUGGUAAGAGACCCAUGGAGCCCAGGAACCCUGCGCCCACCACUGGAGCUGGGAGCUGUGAACUCGGAGACCCCUGCUCCUGGCCCCUAUGUGGCCCUGAUGCCAGCCUGCCUGGGGCAUGGAGGAUCCCCCUCUGCUGCUGUGGUCAUCAUAGGGACUGGAGACCAAGGUCUCCCUCCACCAGAGCUGAUGAGCACUGGGGAUGCAGGCUUCCGCCCCGCCCUUCCCUUUUUCUUGGCUCUGGAGCCUUGGGUCCCUGAGAAGAGUCUCCUGGGACUGGGGUGCUCUGCUGCUCUGGGGGUUUGGCCCACAAGGAACCCCUACCCAGCCCAGUCCACCCACCCCAGCGUUCCUGGACCUCCCUCUGGGAGCUUUCUCUGGGUCCCAGGAGCUGUGGUGGUGUCUGCCCCCUGCACUGGGCUGUCUCUGUGCCCUGUGGGUGUUCGGGAGACCGGGCUGUCUCUGCUCCUCAUGCAAGCCUCGUGGGGGAAGCCAUGACUAGGCGCAGCACCUGGCCCCUCCCUGAGGCCUGUGAGUGUUGGAUCCACCCUGGAGAAGUGGGCGGCUGAGACCCGGGUGGGGUCCUCCUACACUUGGCUCUGGGGGCUUCCCUGCUGGGUCUUGUCCGGGGUGUGGCUUUCCUGAGGGUCUUACCUCCCCCAGCCACCCUGCCUUUGACCACCAAAGCAAUCUCUAAGCUUAUAAAAGAGAAACAUGUAUAUAUGGGGUGUUUUGGAGUAAAAGGAAAUUCUAAGACAUCAAGACAUAUUUUUAUGUAGAUCUGAUUUAUCUGUGAUUGGUGAAUUUAAUAUUCUACAGUGAUUUUUCAAACUAAA